GGUCGUGUUGGACUCACCGGCUGCCGGGAGGUGAUUGUGCAAUCAGAUUGCAGGAAGAGACUGUGAUAUAAAGAGAGGGAGAGUGCUCCGAGCAGCCAGCGGACGGUCAACAUGAGGGACUGCGCCAUACCCUGUGCUCUGCUCUGCCUGCUGCCCCUGGUCCUGCCCUACCCACUGAUAAAGGGGAGACACAAUGACACCGGUACAAACCUGCACUCCGCCCCUGACCCCGCCUACAGCCUGCCAGGGACGGCGGACCGCUGCUCAGGUGAAGGGUUCGGCGCCAUCACUCUGGAUGAUAAAGGAGUCAUGCAUUACUUCAGAGGGGAUUCUGUGUGGAUGGGAUUCCAGGGACCAACACAACAUCUCAAUAAGACCUUUCCUGGAAUGACUGGACCUGUAGAUGCUGCAUUCAGGAACCACAAUGAGAACAGAGCCCUAGAACAUCAGAGAACCUACCUGUUCAAGGGUUCACUAGUCUGGAGUUACUUUGAAGGACAGUUGGUGAUGGGUUACCCUCGUCUCAUUAGUCAGGAGUUUCCUGGCGUUCCGGAUAACCUGGAUGCUGCGGUGGAGUGUCACCGGGGCGAGUGCAGGACCGACAGCAUCCUAUUUUUUAAAGGUGGCCAUGUAUAUAUCUACAGCGCUCAGGAGGAGCCUCCGAUAAAGCAGCGUCAAUGGGCCGCCCUCGGGAACUGCACGGCCACUGUCCGGUGGCUGGGAAGAUAUUACUGCUUUAAUGGCAUCAACUUUACGAGAUUUGACCCAGUGAGCGGGCAGGUUCUGUCCCCACGACCACUGGACACCAGAGAUUACUUUGUCCGGUGUCCCGGUAGAGGACAUGGACACGCUGCCCGGCAGAAUGCCACCCUUAUGUCCAUCAAGGACCGCUGCAGCAAUAGAUCUUUUGAGGCUUUCAGCUCUGAUGACAAGUCCUGGACCUACGCAUACCGAGGGGGCUGGUUCUUCCGGCUGGACACCAGUAAGGAUGGGUGGCAUGCCUGGCCUCUCAGUCACACCUGGAAAAACUUGCAGGGUACGGUGGACGCCGUUUUCAACCACGAGAACCGAAUGUACUUUAUUCAGGGUUCCCAGGUCAUCGUCUACAUAUCGGAUCAAAUGUACAUCCCGGUUCUCGGGUAUCCGAAGCCCAUACAGGAGGAGUGGGAGGUGAGCGGGGUGACUGCAGUAGAUGCCGCCUUCACCUGCCCCCACUCCAGUGACCUCUAUCUCCUCAGGGGGAACAAGCUUAUUCUGGUGGACCUGAACAUGCGCAAGCGCUCUGGAGAAGACAGGACCAUCAUCCACGCCGAUGUGGACAGUGCUAUGUGUAACACACACGGCUUGUAUCUCUUCCAUGGUCAGACCUUCUACCACUACAAGAAUGUGGAGGAACUGCUCUCGUCCAAGGUGGCUCCGGCCCCCGGGAACAUUGCCUCGUACUUCCUGGACUGCUAGAGUCAUGUCCUGAGGGGUCUCAUCGGAGAAGACAGACGUGAUGUCCCCAUAGUGGACAUGAGAUUGUAAUACAUUGCUUCCACUGUGCUGGACCUUCAGCAUCCACCUUACAA